AUGGCCUGCCAAAGCUGCCGUUACCAGGCGAGACUACUGGCUCGGAGCCUGCGAGCGACUGCCGACUUCGCCUUACCCCAGAACUCCUUCGCCGUGACGGCGCGCCGGACGGCUCCGGCUGCAAUGGCAAAGCCUACGACGGCGACGACGACGAUAACGAGGACAGCAGUCAUGACCCCUCCCUCCAGACGAUACUUCAGCCAGACAACGACUAGGCGGAACCAGGCGCCGCCGUCCGGCUUCAAGCAGGCCAUCGCAUCGACCAUGAUGGCCGCCGCACCAAAGACCAUGGCCGCGUCCAUGACAACCUCCCGUCUCGAGGCCCUCUACAAGGCCUGCUCGUCGCAGGCUCUUUACCAAAUCUCGGAGCAGGAGCGUGCCAAGGACAUGGUCCGUAUGACGACUGAGGGCGAGGAGGUUGGGGCCCCAAUAGGGCCGUGGCUGCAGUACUUCGAUCUCCAACCCUCUUUCAGCUCCUGGUCCCAGGCCACGAUGCUGCACAUGUACCUCGUGGUCGCCCGCCUGCGGUGCCUGGAUCGUGAGGCCUCGCGCAACCUUCAGCACCAGUUCAUCGACCAGUUCUUCUUCGACUGCGAGCGCAUGAUGCACCUGAACCACGGCAUGACGUCGUCGGCACUGCGCCAGCGGUAUCUCAAAGAGAUCUUUGUCCAGUGGCGCGGCCUCAUUGCCGCCUACGACGAGGGUGUCGUCAAAGACGACCGCGUGCUCGCCGCCGCCGUGUGGCGCAAUCUGUUCAAGUCCCGCGAGGACGUCGACAUGCGUCAGGUCGCUGCCGUUGUCGGCUGGAUGCGCGCUACCCUGCAAGACCUUGAGGCCGCGCCCGUUGAGGACCUGCUCGUCUCGCCGGCCAAAGUCUUCAAGAGGGACGUGAGGGAUAUGCUCAAGCUUGUCGAUGUUGUUGCGCCGCAGGUUAAAGAGGACAUGGCCAACGCCGGCGCCGCUUAA